AUGGUGAUAUUCAACUUCAGUGUGUUGUGUAUGGCGCCACAGAUGGGGUCUAAUGUAAGUUUUGGUACUAUUAAAAGUUCUAUUAGGUCGUUCACUUAAUUUUGCGCUUCGUUUUAAGCGAAUUUUGGGAGCUAGGGGCGCAGAAUUAAGUGAACGACCUUAUAAUAUGUAAAAAAUGUAACACUCUGCUAAGUGCUAUAAAAAUAAUUCUUUCGAAAAAUAUAGUACUAUUUUCUAAGAACAGUACCAAUUCUAUUAGGUGCCGACAUAAAGAACCCGCCAUUUAUUACAGGAAAUUACAGGCAAAAUAUGGCGGGUUGUUUAUGGGGGGGUAUCCCCCCCCUAGAAAAAAAAUUUUGAAAAAAGUUGAACGUGGUCCCCUCGGUGGAUUUUCGCAAAAAAUCGGCACAGGUAGCUUACCUGUGCCGAUUUCUUGGACCCCCGCCCCCAGUCCAAAAGUCCCCGCCCGGCCCUGCCCCUAUUCAAACCAAAUUUGAAGUUAAAGGGCACAGAACUAUUUGAACAACCUAUAAUAAUAAAAAUAAGAAUAAUAAAAAUAAUAAUAAUAAUAUAUAUGACAACUUUAGAACACUGGUCCAGUUCACACAUAUUCGCCAUUGGACCAAACCUACUUAAUGUACGCUAUUGGCUUUGGCAGUCUUCUAGGCACCUUCCCUUUUACAUAUUCAUUUUCAAGAUUCGGUACAAGAUAUAUUUUUACCGCGGCUGGAUUCUUAUCAGUGAUAUCGACUGCUCUAAUACCAAUGGCUUCCUCCUACGGCUUGAAUGCUUUCUUGGUUGUUAGGUUUUUGCAGGUAUAAUGAUAUUUCGUACAGUGGAACUAUUGUAUAAUAUAACAAAUGAGAUACUGUAACAUAUUUUUAAAUUUUUUAUUUUUACAGCUAGUGAAACAUCAUUUUUAUAAAAAUUUUAAAAUAUCGUUAUAGGGGGUAUCAUACUCAGCCGACUUUGCCGCCAUUGGAAUGCUCACUUCCAUUUGGGCUUCUCUUAAACAACAUGCUUUAUUCUUGUCAUUAUUAACAUGUUAUUCACCUUUAUCCAGCACUUUAACUAAUGCUGUCUCUGGAUAUGUAAGUUAAACAAGUUUUUUAAUUAAAAAUUUUUUUUUUCAAUUUUUAAGUUUAAAACGCAAUUUUUAAAGCUUAUGACUGAUAAAACUUCAAGACUUCAAACUUUCUUAAAUUUAAAAAUUAAAACGUUUGUAAAAUAAAUUUUAGUUAUGUGAAUCCUCGCUAGGUUGGCCUUCAAUUUACUAUUUUCAUAGCGCAGUUGGUGCAAUAUUAUUUACAUAUUGGUUUGUAACUUAUACCGAUCAUCCAGCCACAUCCAACUGGGUAUCUCCAAUUGAACUCGAAAAAAUUGAGAGAAAUAAGGCCAAAGAAGAACUGGAAUUCAGUGGGAACAUGCCUUAUUGGGUAGGGUAACAAUAUUUUUUCUAACAACAUGAAAGAUUUAAACUUCAAAAGUUAAAAAAACUUUAAAUGCCUUAAAACGCCUUAGGCGAAAAAUUAUAAUAAAAACUUUAGCAAAUUUGCAAAAACCCAGUUGUACUGACAGUUUGGUUCAAUGCGUUCAUUGAAAUUUCUUCCGGAAUUUUCUUAUUGAUCUACACACCCAUCUACUUAAACAAGGUUCAUGGGUUUGGUUUGGUUGAGACUGGAUUACUGAGUUCUUUGCCACCACUUGUUGCUAUACCAUUAAGAAUAUUGUUUGGUGUUAUUAGUGACAAAAUUAAGUAAGUGUGCUAGUCUUAUAUUAAACUUACAAAAAAUUAGCCCAGGCCAUAGCCCUAACCAUCGGACCUAGCGUUAGCCCUACCUUGGCCAUAGCUCAGCCCUAGCGUUAGCCUUAUACCCCAUUCCCACACGUAGCGUUAGCUUUAGCCACAGUCUUAGAGUUAGCUUUUAACACUAGCUCUAGCAAGAAGAAGAAAAUAUAAUAUUACACUAAUUUUUUAGAUUCUGGUCAGAACGCACCAAAAUGAACGUGUUUAACACAUUUUCUGCAUUUGGACCGGCAGUAUUUUACCUGGCGGUGGUAUUAGUCCGAAGUUCAACAGCGGCGAUAUGUAUGCUCUUUUCAAUCCACAUAUUUUAUGCUGGAAGUGGGGGAGGAUUUUACAAAUGUGCUACAUUGUCUUGUCGGUAAGUAUUACGUAGCUUUAAAAAUCGGGCAUUGGUUGCACUUAAAAAUCGCCUCAAGUUUUUUGUUGAGGCUUUUAAAAUGUCUUUUGAAACGUCUUUAAUCUGUUUUUUCUGAACUGAUUAUAACAGAAGUUCUGCAUUGAAACAGUAGUGUUAAGCGAGGGAUUUUCUGGUAUAUAAAGCUAAGAAUACAGUAAAAAUUCCGAAGAUAAAUCAAUACACUUCUCCAUGUUUGCUUCUUUACAGUUGUUUUUUGACUGGGUUCCCUUUUGUUGCCAAAUAAAGUUUCUUUCUCUGGGUGCUCCCCUUUUUCCCUUUCAAACCAAAACAAACGGAGCACAAUUUCUGUUAAAUAUUGUUCAGAAAGUAGCGACUAUUCAACAAAAAUUAUUUUCAGACAAUUCAGUCCAUUUGUAAUAGCCAACAUCCAGUUCAUCAAAUGCCUGACCUUAUUCUUCGCCCCAUCCCUAUACGGUUUCUUUGUUAAAGAUGAAUCUUCAUCAGAACAAUGGAAUCAUAUUUUUAUUACGAUGAGUAUUACGUUAGCAAUAGCUACUGUAUCAUUCUUGUUCUUCUCAACUGACACACCUCAGCCAUUUACACAUGUUAAGAAAGAUAAUGUUGACGUUGACUUGAGUACAAUAUCUGAGGACUUGAGUUUAAAAAAUAAUAAUGGCGUUGACGUCGGUCUCAGGCAUUAA